AUGGCACCUUGCAAAUGGAUUCGUUCAUUUAAGGAAGAGAAUUCAGCUUUCAUGUCAUGUAUUCUGAGAGUAAAUGUACACAGUUCAGGAUGGCAAAAGGCAGUCAGGAGUGUGUUAUCCAGUAGCCGAGGAGUACGUAGUUUCAAGAUGGAUGAAUACGGCAUUGUACACGUGUCAGGUUUGAUUGAUCCAAAAUUACUUAUGAAAAAGCUAAGAAAAGCUGGAAGACGUGUAGAAUUAUGUUGGUUCCAAUAUGGACAGUGUUCGAGCAACUUAUUUUUGCCGAAGUAUGAUAAUCCAUAUGGUUACCGGAUGAGCAGCUACGAUGAAUGUGGUCGUUAUUUUCCUUUCCGACAAGCAUUUCAAGACGCUUGUUUAGAAUCAACGUACGUGCAUUCGCCACCGCUAACGGCCAUGCCCUUGAGCUUCGAAAGCAAUGGCUGUUGCACUAUCAUAAUUGACGGAAGCUAUUUCACGGGACUCGAUGCACAAGAGGAGAGCCACUGGAGGAAAGAAGAAGGCUUGGAGAAAGAAGAGGGAUGGCGUGCCUUGAGGCUGGACACGGGAAACUACUCUUGGGGGAGUGAAGCUGUGACCCGGAAGACUCGUAUUCUUGACGUGGUUUAUAAUGCAUCGAACAAUGAGUUGGUUAGGACCCAGACUUUGGUGAAGAGUGCCAUUGUUCAAGUGGAUGCUGCACCAUUCAAGCAGUGGUAUCUUCAGCACUAUGGAGUUGACAUUGGUCGCAAGAAGAAGACAGCUGCCAAGAAGGAAGGAGAAGAUACUGAUGCUGCUGCUACAGCAACCACGUCCUGA